GGUCGAACGGUCGUCGGUUCAAAAUACAACUGACAUGCGAUUAAGAAGCUUUGUUAAGUGUAAUUUUAUAAGUGAUAUUGCGAGUGUCAUAGGUUUCUGUUAGAUAUUCCUUUUCGUUGAUAAUUGUUGGAAAAUAACAGGACCGUCCGAGGCAACUUUAAAAUCACUAAAAAUUCAGAAUCCAGAUAACCUAAAUAACUGUUAAAUAGCGUCUCUCAUUCGAUUGACGAGAUGUCGGAUUCGAAUUCACCGAAAACAGAUGCAAGCAGCCCGACUCUUUUAGGAAAUUUACGGCAAUUUCGAUUUCAAAAGAAACAACUGAAACCAUUAAAUAUGUCGGAUGAUGACAGUAAUUUAACAAGUUCUGAAAUACAGUUUCGACGUAAGGCAGUGAAUGUAAUUGAGGACAGCGACAGCGAUGCAGGUAUUCCGUCGGCUAAAAAUACAGGCUCUUCUGUUGACAAAGAUGAGGACGUCCAUAGUAACAGAAAUUGGAAUAACGACGAUGGUAGUGAAGUCUCUAGAAAAAGUAGAAAGAGAAGCAACAAGUGUCCUUCUAAAAAGAGUAAGAAAAAAAGAAGAAAAUUGAACAACGAAGAAGACGUAGAUAUCGAUUCAGAUGAAACAAAUUUUAAGGACAAAGUAUUUAAUAGCGACGAAGAUUCGGACAUGGAAGUAUCUAAUGAACUUACCGGCGACAAAAAAGCAGUUUUGGAAUUUAUGCAAAACUCUCCUGCGUCCGAAUUACUUUUAAUGUCUCAUUGUACUCAAAAGAGGGCUAAUGCUAUUAUAAAAGCAAGGCCGUUUAAUAACUGGAGAGACUUAGUUGAAAAGUUCCAAAGCUAUAAAUAUUUAGAUACAGAGCUGUUGAAUUCAGCUCAAGAAUUAUUAGCUACAAGACACGAAGUCGAAACUCUCAUGAAGAAGUGUCUUCGUUUAUCUACAAAUAUUGAGAAGGCUGUAGCUGUAGGAGCAUCGGCUAUUAAAAAGCAACCAAGAGGAUUAUCGCCAAAUCUAAUGUUAGCCCCGUAUCAAAUGGUUGGUUUGAAUUGGCUGGCUGUGAUGCACGCGCAAAACGUGAACGGCAUUCUUGCAGACGAAAUGGGUCUGGGGAAAACGAUCCAAGUAAUAGCCUUCCUUACAUACUUGAAAGAAGCUGGUCUCAAAGAUGAGAAAGAUGGGCCACACUUGAUAGUUGUUCCCAGUUCAACAAUGGAAAAUUGGAACAACGAGAUGGAGAAAUGGUCACCCGGGUUGAAGGUUGUGCGAUACUUUGGGUCUCAGGAAGAAAGGAAAGAGAUGAGAAUGGGAUGGCGGAACGGCGAUCUAGAUGACGUUGACAUUUUAUUAACUACGUAUAAUUUAAUUAGCAGUACACCGGAAGAGCGGAGAUUAUUUCGUGUCAUGCCGAUACACUAUGUAAUUUUCGACGAAGCUCAUAUGUUGAAAAAUAUGAGCACCAUUAGAUACGAAAAUCUCGUUAGAGUCAACGCCAAGUAUCGAAUUCUGUUAACGGGUACUCCUCUACAAAAUAAUUUAUUGGAAUUGAUGUCGCUCUUGACAUUCGUGAUGCCCUCGUUAUUUGCCAGCAAACAAGCGGACUUGAAGAGUUUAUUUGCAAAAAAUGCGAAGGUAUCAGCAGUUAACAAAAAUGGCGAACGGGCAUUGUUCGAGCAGGAUCAAGUUAAGAAUGCAAAACAAAUUAUGAAGCCGUUUGUGCUUCGUCGUUUGAAAGCGGAGGUUCUUCGAGAUUUGCCUGAGAAAACUGAUCGUGUCAUAAGAUGUCCGAUGACGAAGAGACAACAGAAAUUGUAUCAAAAUUUGAUCGAGGAAUUUUCGGCGGAAGCCGAUCAGAGCACUGAAGUUAAUGGUGUCGGGAUGAUGAUACAGUUGAGGAAGUUGGCCAAUCAUCCACUAUUGGCGCGAGAUCAGUUUAACGAAUCCAAGUUAAAAUUAAUAUCGGACAGACUGGCGAAAGAACACGGUUAUAAAGAAAAGAACCCGGAUUACAUAUUCGACGAUCUGCACUGGAUGACUGAUUAUCAAAUAAAUGAAUUGACAAGAACGUACAAAAGCUUAGCUGGUCUAGGUUUGCAACAAGAACUCAUCCCCGAAGCUGGCAAAUUAAGAGUAAUGGACGAUUUAUUACCAAAGUUACAAGAGGACGGCCAUAGAGUAUUGAUCUUCAGUCAAUUUACAAUGGUAUUGGAUAUUUUGGAGGAAUAUCUGACAAUUAGAGGAAAAACGUAUACAAGAUUGGAUGGAAGUACACCGGUAACGGAUCGACAGUUUUUGAUAAAUCAGUUCACGGAAGACGAAAGUAUAUUCAUAUUUUUAUUAUCAACAAAAGCUGGAGGUUUAGGGAUCAAUUUAACAACCGCGGAUACGGUUAUAAUUCAUGAUAUUGAUUUCAACCCAUACAAUGAUAAACAGGCAGAGGAUCGAUGUCACAGAGUAGGUCAGAAAAGACCAGUUACCAUAAUUAGAUUAUUAAGCGAAGGUACUAUAGAAGAAAAUAUGUACGAAAUAGCCAAGGAUAAAUUGCAUCUUGAACAACAAAUUACUCGUAACGAAGAAAACGAAAGCACAGACAAAAAGAGUAUACUGAAGUUACUUAAGAUGACGUUAGGUUUGGAACACAGUAAAUCCUUAUCGUUGGCUGGGUCAAAGACUGCUAGGACGAGUAAUGGAGUGGCAAACAACGAAGCGGAUAGCGACAUAGAAUUUAAAAAUUAAUCUUUUACUUAAACAUAUUUUUUUCUAGCAGAAUAUUUGACAAAUUUUUAUAUGCAUCCUUAAACUUUGUGAUAAAAUACUGUUACAGUUGCACAAAAAAAAAACGAUGAAGGUCCGAUUUAAACAAUUCUAUAUCGCACGUUUUUUUUUAUUUAAUGGUUGCAUGUACGAAACCUUCGCGAAAAUGUGUACACAAUUGUAAUCUACGAUAUUUAUGAAUCGCAAACUCAAUUUAUAUUUUCUAUACCGAUUAUUAAAUCAUUCUUGUAUUUAUAUAAGCAUAUAUUUAGAUUCAUACUUAAUUUUUUUAUUUUUUUUUGUGCUUGUGUCUAUGUUCGAAUAUUUAAUUAUAUAUUUUUAAAUGUAAAAUCCGAUGAAAAUGGUUAAGACUGCACAAUACUUACUAGUAACAUGGAAAAGAGCAAAGACCUGAAAGUGAACAACAACAAAAAAAAAAAUUAUACGAUAAAAAUAGAACGUAAUAAGAAUGAUACGUCGAAAUGCAUAUUUAUUUGGUUUUACUGUAUACACAUUCCUCAAGAGAUUACUUGAUUAUUGUACAAAACCAUUAAAGGUAUU